AUGAUGAUGAUAAUGCGCCGUGUGAUGUGUGUGUUGGCCGUUGUGCUGUGCUGCGCCUGCGGGUAUACCAUGGCGGCUGCUGCUGCUGUUGAUAAUGACAGUCCCAGUGGCCGUGGUGUAUCCCGUGGGGCUGUGGAGGUGUCGUGCGGGGCCGGCGGUGCGCUGCGUGUACGCCCCGCUGCUGCGAGCGAGUGGCUCACAUGCGGUGCGGGCAGCCGUGUGUCUGCAUGUGGGAAGUACGCAGACCUCUGCCGCCAGCGUACCGCAAGAGCAGCAGCAAGAACAACAACAACAAGGACAGCAAUCCUUGCUUUUACUCCUGAUGACGCUGAUAAGCCACGGGCGAUGGAGAAUGAAAAGCCAUGGGAAUGGGGAGAUUUUCUUAUAAAAAGAAGCAAUGAUUAUUAUUGUGAGAAGUACCCUAAAUCUUCUAUUGAUGGUAUAAGUUGUGAGGAAAGGAACAAAACUUUGUCGGUUAAUGCUCCUCCUCAAAGACAAGAUUUGGAAACUAGGGUGCAGGAGACAGCACCUAAUUCUGCUGAUCAUGUUGCGUCUGGUUCACUUGAAAGAAGAGAUGCAUUGAUGAAAGGAGAAGGUCAAUUACCAGGAUCUGAUCCAGAAAGAGCAACUGCAGAAGUCUCCAACGUAGGAAGUACAACACAGGCCUCUCCAGAGUCAGAGCAAUCUCUAAAAACUCCACCAUCGAAUAGACCUGUCAAAGAUGCUGUUACUACUCAAGUUCCUCAAACCUCAGGAAACGCUGUAACUGAAGAGGGUCCAUCGGCAAAUGAUAGUGGUACAGUGAGUGACUCUAAUCCUACCGAGGAACGAUCUCCUGAAGGUUCAGUUUCCAUAGAAGGUUUACAGGGGAAUGGCAAUGCUGAUUCAAUUUCCACUGCUCCGCCAAACACCGAGAACACUAACACUGAAGCGCCAAAUACAAACACGACCACUGUAUCUCCCGCAGAGAGCAGCAUUGCUUCCACUGUUCAGAAGAACAAGGUCAAUGCUGACAGCAGUAUCAGUCCUGUGUGGAUGCGCACUGCAGCACCGCUGCUGAUUGUGACUGUGUUGUUCUCCGUUACCGUGUACUGA